GCGGAAGUCCAAUGUCAGAUGUCCAAACUUUUGUUCCAAAAUCGAUUUGAGUGACUGCUGAUCUCUCAUGUGAGUUAUCUGAGACAAAGUUCAGUAUCUAGUUGUUGAAAGGCAUUGCUGGAUUGGGAACCGGUGAUUAGCAAUGGCAAAAAUUACACUCAACGUUCUUCUCCUUCUGCUCUCUCCAUUGACUGUCAUCUGUGGAGGACCGCUGCGAUCGAUGUUCCUCGAUGUGACGCCCCCUAUGGUGAAGAAUGGAAUCGACCCGGGCAAACCCUUGUUUCUGACACCUCUGCUUGAAAGCGGACAAAUUGAAAAGGCCCGACAGCUGAGUUUGGUGGGCCCCUUGAAAGGAACCAAUGUGAAAAGCUAUGCAGGAUAUCUCACCGUCAACAAGCCGUACAACAGUAACCUGUUCUUCUGGUUCUUCCCAGCAAAGGUCAAUCCAACAAAAGCUCCAGUGGUUAUGUGGCUCCAGGGAGGCCCCGGGGGUUCUUCAAUGUUCGGCCUCUUCGUCGAGCAUGGGCCUUUUGGAGUGAAUGCAAAAGCACAAUUGGUGCCGAGAAAUACAACGUGGCAGACGAACUACUCUAUGUUAUAUGUGGAUAACCCGGUUGGCACUGGAUUCAGCUUUACCGAGAAUGAGGCCGGGUAUGCAACAGAUGAAGAAGACGUUGGAAAUGAUAUGUACAGCGCCCUGGUCCAGUUUUUCCAAAUCUACUACGAGUACAGCCAACUUGACUUUUACGUCACCGGCGAGUCGUAUGCUGGGAAGUAUGUGCCAGCCAUCGCGUAUAAAAUCCACUCUGUCCAAGCAAAUGGAAGUGCCAAAUCCAUGAUCAACCUGCGUGGGAUCGCAAUUGGGGAUGGGCUCUGUGAUCCUGAAAUGAUGUUCCCGGCGUUUUCUGGGUUCGUUUACAAUGCGGGCCUCAUGGAUGAGAACCAGAGUGCAUACGCCAAGACGCAGACAGAUCAGAUCGUGGAGCAGAUUCAACAAAAACAGUGGAUCAAUGCUUUCAAGACGUUUGAUAAUUUGCUGAACGGUGACCUAGCUCCGUAUCCCUCUUUCUAUACGAACGUGACGGGGUCAACCGAUUACUACAACUACAUGCGGACAAAGUCACCCGCAGAUUUCAACUUUUUCUACAAAUUCCUUGCACUGCCCGAAGUUCGCCUGGCAAUCCACGUUGGAAAUCUCACGUUUAAUGCAGGAACAGAGGUAGAAAAACACCUCUUGACGGAUGUGAUGCAGUCGAUAAAACCCUGGUUGGCGGUGCUUAUGAACUACUAUAAGGUGAUGAUUUAUAAUGGACAACUCGAUGUCAUCAUUCCGGUUCCAUCGACAGAGAGCUUCCUUAUGACUGUCCCGUGGCAACACCUAGAUGAAUAUAAGCGAGCAGAGCGCCAUAUUUGGAAGGUUCACCCCGAUGAUGGGGAAGUGGCAGGUUAUGUGCGACGGGUACACGAUUUCUACCAGGUGAUUGUACGCUCUGCCGGACACAUUCUCCCCCAUGACCAACCGGAGGUUGGCCACGAUCUCAUCAACCGCUUCAUCAGCGGGAGACCGUUCUUCUAAACCGCAGCGUCAAGGCAGAAACCCUGAAAGUACAAGACAAAUUCCGCACAAACGUAACAAAUGACGAGACUCGUAUUCACGAUUAAUUUCAAGGGUUAAAAUCUCUAUCAGCGUAAACGACAUGACAUCUUUUCAUAAAAGUUGCAGACGCACCAACGCUGUCCUCUGGCGUUUAAAGCUGACACUAACUGAAACUGUCGCUGUAUCUCGUCGACUCUGUUGGGAGCAUGACCACUGUGUGUUGCGUUUUUCAGAGAGAUAUGGUCAAAGGUACAAAGUGAUGUAAAUAUUGUGAUCACAAAUCGUUAUGUUACACAGCCCUGGGCAGCCGGUGUCAUAGUUGACCGGCUUUAGUUGACACCGUGAAAUAUGAAUAAUCUAGUGUUGUGCACUAUCUUUUGUCCACUAUCUUUUGGUUAAUGUGAUCUGGUCACAUUCCUCAGUUUAACUGAGAACCUUUGGCUAAAACCAUAUGAAAACACUAUACAAGUGUGUCAUCAGCAUACCCUGCUAUACCACAAUAAAAACAAUCCAAUUGCCCAUUUCUUGGUUGUAUAGCAUGAACAAGUGCACAUUUUCAUGCUGACGGGAUAUAGCUGAUUGAAAAAAUACCCUCUUUGCAUCAAAAUAGCCCUCUGUAGCAAAAGAAUGUGAUAAUUGGACCCUCGUAGUUAUUGGGAAUAUAGCCCUGGUCUUUCGAACCCUGUCCAUACUCAACCGACGCACAAUGGAGAAAGUUCCCACGAGACUUCUGAACAAGUUCCCACGUUCUUUGCCAGAUGGGAACAUUAGAGAGUAGGGUGUCGACAAAAGCAUUGGGGAGGGGGGGGUCAGAGCUGAAAAACGCUCCCUUGAACCUUCACCUGGUUGUUUGAGUAAUAACUGGUUAAACUGAUGGGCCAAAUAGACUUUCCCCAGAAAGGCCAAGGUAGAGCUCUCUGGAAUGUUCGUGAUGUGUAUUUGGAUCUUUUCCCGAAUAUACCCAUUACCCCCAGUGCAGGAAUCGAAAGUGAGGCAUUCUCCGCAGACAACGUUGGGUGUAUAUCGAGUGAGAGUGUCCAGAGAUCAGUCGGGGAUUCCACCGGAGGAUAAAAUGGGUAAAAUGACGUACCCAAAAUAAAUCCUAGGGUAAAGAUAAGUACCGAAAAAAUCAGUUCGAAUUUUUUUUUGUGAAUUUAGUGUUGAAUAUACAUGUUACAAGACUACAGAAUGAAUGCAGCUGUGAUUAGAGAGACUGAUUCAAGUCAGUGAGUCACAUGAAGCCAUCCAGAUAUCAAGUACAUGUACCCGACUCAAAGCCAGUCACAACCCCUUGGUCUCUGGCAUCUGGUGACAGGCUUCGCCAGUCACUUUUAGUCCGUACCCAAAAUAUUUUUUCUGGUGGAAACCCUGUCAGUGUAUAACAUUUUUAGACAAAAUAGUCUGAACUCCAUUCAAUCACUGUGUUGUGGACAUCACUCCACACUGUUGCUAAAACUUUCAUUUAAAAAACACACUUCAGUAUGCAGCCAAAGACGAAUGGAAUAUCCAAUCUGAGAUAAAUUAAAAGCAAUGUGUAGGUGUUAUUUUUGUAUGAAUGUGUUGUGAUAAUGUCAAUAUGUGAUCUAUUGAAAUAUUCCAAGAACAUAUUUUUGCAUGAAUAUUUGUAAUAAACUACUGAUCA